CGUAGUUGGGGCUGUAGUUGGUAGGACUCAGGGAGCUCAGGAGAAGAAGAAGCCUUGCCAAUUCAACAUUCUUGUCGUUUGCCUUCCCAGUACAGUCUACUUUCGUACUAUGUAUCUAUUGAUCUGCAAGCGCGGCGUGUCUUAGCUUUCAUUUGUAUAAUGCUUCACGCAGAGUGCUUAACGCUGGGAGGGAUGGAUUGGGCACCGUGUCCUCUGACUCUUCGCCUUUGCCGGCGUGGAUUCUGGGGAUGGCGAAGGGCAGGUGCAGCAUCCAAGUGUACUCAGAUUGCAGCCAAGGGCUUGGUCGUAGUACUCGUCGUAGUAGGUGACGUCGGGUUGAUGGACAGUUCUCCGUCUCCGGGAGGCGGAGGGGACGGGGGAGGUUACCGGCCAUGGGGCUAUGGGCCCUGGGGUAUGAUGGGACGGGGUAUUGGCGGAGAGGGGGACCGUUGAACAGAGAGGAAUGUUGUUGGCAUGGAACAGAGGAGAGGAGGAAGAUACUAUUAGUGAUAGUAUUUUAUUUGAUUUUAUUUGGAG